AUGCUGCUUCUAAUCUCGAUUUUCCUUAAAACUGUGCUCGCCGAAUCUGUUGGCGGCUCGCUGACUAGUGAUUGCUAUGAAAAUUCUAAGGCACCAUGUUUAUCUUCUUGGCUAGAAUGGACCGCAGUUGGUAGCUGCUCGAAAAAGUGUGGAAUGAAGGGCCAGCUACAGCGCGUGAGAUCCUGUUCUUCAACCGAUUGCGAUUGCGAAGGUGAUCUCGUCGAUACAAUUGCAUGUCCGGAAAAGCUGUGUGAUUCCGGCCCAAUCUGCGAAGAGGGGUAUGAGAAGAAAGUGAAAGGGAGCUCAUUUACUUGCCAACCAACCGAAGGAGCCGGC